AUGGCGUCCACCUCCAAUCCCACCACAAAGCAAUCCUCCAUCCCUCCACCACCCAUCCUCGCCGAAACAAUGGCCCCGCGCUCCUCCAAGACCUGGAACCGUGCCCUCACUCUUCCUCGCCCCUCCCGCAAACUACGCACCACCUUCUCCAAGACCCGAAAACCACUCACUCUAACCCGCUUCCCGGCUGAGAUCCGCGAGAACAUAUUCUCCCGUUGCAUCUCCAUCGUCGAUCCUCGUCGAAGCCCGAAUCUCAUCAUUGCGCUUCGCGGCCAUCCGCUUCUGUAUGCAGAGGUCCUGCGCGCUUUCUACAGGCUGAACGUCUUUGUUAUUUGUCGGGAUACGUUGAAGACGUGGGAGAGACUUGGAAAGAACACGGCGGUUUUGGAGAUGGUGAGAUGGGUUGAUGUUGUGGCGUUGACUCCGCAUCAACAAGUUAAGUUCAACAUUCUGCCGGGCAUCUUCAAGCCGGUAUUUGGAAAGAACCAGAUUGAGAGGCUGAAUUUCACGGUCUCUACGGAUGUGGAGCUGUCAAAGCGUGUGGCGAAGGUGUUGAAGGGAUUCCCGAAUCUGAAGUAUGUUGGUGUUUGGAUUCGCAGUGUGAUUUAUGGUGUGGAGGAGCGUGGCAAGAUGGAUCGUGCUAUGGAUGUGGUUGAUAAGGCGAUUGGGGUGAAGAGGAAGAUGUCGACGGUGAGUGCUACGAGCGCUGAGCAUUGGUUUUGGGAGCAUGCUAGUCGUUUGGUGCUUCCACUGCCAGGGAAGGAGGAGAGAAUGACGGCUUCCAAGGUGGGACGUCUCACUGUGACGAAGGGAUGA